AUGGCCCAGGAUGAUGAACCUCUUCCCAGUGUCGUUCUUUCUGCGCUGAAACUCGAGUAUGCACUGUUAGGCAUCUAUCUGUGGGAGUUUGUCUCCUGCUUGCCCCAUAGCUGCGAGCGUCUCAAGCAACCCUUUCCCUGGCCGGCUGCUACCUGGGCUUACUUCUUCUGCCGUUUCUCCGCAUUUGUUCUCAUCAUCGUCACCAUUACUGGAACUGGUUCUCAUGACUGUCUGACCGCCAUCCGUGUAGCAUACGGCCUCAACUAUGGCAUUGUUCUCUCUUCUACCACGCUCAUAGCACUUCGGUCGUGUGCGGUCUGGUCGAACGACCGUCGCGUCGUGGCAUGGGCCACAUUGGUGAUCGUCUCGGAAAUUGGUUCCGCAAUCUACUCCAUCUACGCAGCAGAUGCGGUCGAAGUCUCCGGCAUAUGCGCUUAUGGACACUUCAUGGCCACUGUCCCCUCCGUCAUCGUUACGACUGCCGCUGAUCUAUCGCUCCUCGCCAUAUCUCUCAUUGGCCUUUGGAGUCGGCGCGAGAUUCGCAAGAAGGGGCUGUGGCGCCUGCUUUGGGGUCAAGGCAUGGUCAUGAUGUCCAUAUCUUUCGCAAUUGAUGGGACUGUCCUGGUCGUCAUGCUUGUUGGGGGCCUAAAUGCUGUUCUCAACACGGCGCUGCUUACGAUGGCCGAUUUGGGUCUAGCCAUAGGAUCAACGCGUAUGGCUCAGAUAUUGUUUUCCUUCGUGGACCACUACGACUCGAAUCCUACCGACACCGAUGAUGGCUCACCGCCGAUACAACUAACGACGAUCCGGCCUUCUCUUAGUAUUCCCGCUGUCGAGGUCGACGACGCAUACGGAUACGACCUGGAUGAUGACAUCAUCAGUCUUGAGCUCGGUCUGGCCAAGAAGACUACGACAAUAUCAACCGGUAGCGGCAGCGGCAGUGGCAGUGGCAGUGGGAGCGGUAGUGGAGCGGUCCAGGGCGCGCGCAAGCCCUUGCCUCUCGAGCGACUUGCAUGA